AUGAGGCCCGGUGGUAGCAUCAUCUCUGCUGCAAGUGUGUUUGGUCAAAUGGGUGCCCCCGGUGUCUCGGCCCACUGCGGCAGCAAAGAAGAUGUUUUUGGGAUGGUGCAGACGGCAGCAAAGGAGAAGCAACAUAUUCUAGUUAACUUUAUUUCACCAGUUAAGCCUAUCUUCUGCGACAGGGUUCGAUAUCAUUUAACCAACCGUUUAGGCUCUGUCAAUAUACUCCUCUUCACCGGUGGAGACCCCGAAGAUGUGAAGCGCGGGUUGCAAAAGACGACAAAUAAACGACAGGCAGAGCCGUGGAGAUUGCAACUGUGA